GCUGCUAGAAAAUCGAAAGAUAAACGUGCUUGUUCAGAAAAAAAUAGAACAGUAGAUGAAGAGAUCGAUGAAAAAGCUGCUGAUUACUUUGAUAUUCUACUUUCAGCUGGUAGGAACAAUAAUGUUUGGAAGACUUCGGGAAAGCCCAUUGUUAAUUUUGGUGAUUCUGAAAGAACUUUAAGGCGAAAAAAAGCCGUGUUAAAAAAGGCCGCUCAAAACAUUCAACCUAUUACCUUUUACUUAUCUUCUGCUUUAGCCUACUCCUUAGCACCUAAUACCACUUCGACCUGUGCACUUUUAGAUGCAGUUGCAUUGGUACAAUCAGCAGAGGAAAAUAAAGAGAAAAAUAUCGAAGGAAUUAUGGAGGGAAUUAUGGAGAGAAAUACGGAGAGAAAUAUAGAGGAAAAUAGGGAGAGAAUUAUGAAGGAAAUUGUGGAGAGAAAUACAGAGGGAAAUACGGAGGAAAAUAGAGAGGGAAUUAUAGAAGGAAAUACGGAGGAAAAUAUGAAGGAAAAUGCAGGAGAAA